AUGGAUCGAUACACACUCAUACCUCUAUAUCAUCGGCAAGAUCUUAAUCAAAAGUGCAUAAAUCUGUUGAAUCAGGAAUGGCCUCGCAGUGAUGGUGCCCGAGAACAUUCUCAAGCAAAAUCGUGUCGCCUGACUCCGCCUAUGUCGUUCCUUUUCAUAGAAAACAGUACUGACAGGCUGAUCGGCCAUGCACGGAUAUGUCUCCUGCCGAACAGGCCAACUGCAUGCUGGAUUGAGUCUGUGAUUGUCGAAAAAGAGUGUCGUGGACUUGGUCUGGGGAAACUAUUGAUGGCAUCUUUGGAGGAUGCAGCCAAAGGAUUCGGAUUUGAUGAGGCCUACCUCUGUACUGACGAUCAAGUGAUCUUCUACGAAAGGUGCGGAUACAAGAAGUGCGACCCCAUUCUCCACUCUACAACAGCUACAUCCGUGUUUCCUGUGCCAAAUCUCAAGGUAACUUAUGUCUUCCUC